CACGUCAGCCGGGAAUGGGAUUCGACUGCUGCUGAUAAUGCUGACGACACUUACCAAAACGUGAAAAGACGUUUUAAGUUGAAAGGAGUAUUUCUUGCCUGGUGCCGGAAGUUGAUAUUUACCAAAGUUCCAGUCGGCAGCGUCUUGGUUACCAAGCAGGAGCGUUUAAACAACACAAAACCACGCAGUUAGUUUGACAAACCAGUUCAAGCAUGGCUCAUUACAAGGCUCCAGACCACAAGAGAGAGCAGUUUCGGAGAUAUUUGGAGAAAGCGGGUGUUGUUGAUAGUCUCACAAGUGUUCUAGUGGCGCUGUAUGAACAACCAGAGAAGCCCAACAAUGCCUUGGAAUUCGUCAAGCAGCACCUGGGCACGCCAGGCCUCAACGCCGCCGACACCGAGGCUCUGCAGGAAGAAGUGAUGGACCUGAGGCAGAGGUGUGCACGGCUGGAGGAGGAGAACCAAGACCUCAAAGCCCGGCUGGAGCCCCUCGAGCCGCCUGAGGAAGAAGCCCCCCCUGCUGAAUAGACUCCAGUAGAACUUCAGGGUACUUUGUAUACUUGACCCUGAACGGUUUUGUUUGGUGCCUCUACUUGUUUCUAGUAUUUAACUUAUCAUGCACAUAUAAGUAUCCACAUAUAUAUAUAUACAGUUAAUAUUUGUUAAUUAGCAUAGCAUAAGAGUGCUUUUCUUGUGUGAUUGGACAAGUCACUAACACUUGGGGGGGAUUUAGGAGGUGGAGGACCCCAAGUACACUGCCCGUACUCUCGGACAAUCACGGAUAGGAAUGUCACUGUAUUUGAGAUGAUUGUCAGAAGUAUUUACUUUGAGGAAGUAAGACUACUUCAAAAUAAUUGUAUGUUGCCAUAUUUUGAAUUAGAACUGAACCAGAAGACUCUUAUGUUCACUUAUUUCAAUGUUCAGUUUUUGUGACUUUGUUAUGAUUAAAACACAUUUUGCACGCAA